AUGGCGUCUCGGCCGAUCGUUCUGAGAUUCGAAAGCCGCAAUGGCCAGUUCCGGUUGACAGUCAGCCCACAGGAACUAUUUCCCUCGCUCAAGCAGAAGAUUUUGGAGCACCUCCCUCCGGAUACUGAACCCUCUUCGAUAAACCUUUCCAACAAGCCCAUAGGUACCGGUGGAGAUGAGAGACUUUUGGGCACUCUCGAUGGUGUUGCACUUGGAACUGUCGGUCUAAAACACGGAGACAAGCUGUACCUUGGCUAUCAAGAAAAGCAAAACUUGCAAGACGGCUCCGUAAAUGGCAAUACUACGAAUGGGUCUUCUCGGCGUCUGAAUGGAGCCCCUGUCCCGCAACCCGAAACCGUUUCGAUUCGCCCCCAACCUACCUCACCGACCGCUAUAAUCAAAAACCCCUGGGAUGUGGUCCAGCAGUCGCCCCUCGACGAUGCGUUGGAUAAGAAAGAUGGGAAAAUAAAGCGCAACCGUGACAUGAAAAUGUGCAAGCAUGGUCCCAAGGGCAUGUGCGACUAUUGUAUGCCGCUAGAACCUUACGACCCCAAGUACCUUGCGGAGAAGAAGAUCAAGCACUUAUCGUUUCACUCCUAUUUGCGGAAACUCAAUGCUGCGACCAACAAAGCCGAGCUCAAGAGCUCCUUCAUGCCCCCACUCAGUGAACCAUACUACCGAGUAAGACGGGAUUGCCCGUCGGGACAUCCUUCGUGGCCGGAGGGAAUCUGUACCAAGUGCCAACCAAGUGCGAUUAGCUUGCAGCCUCAAGAGUUCCGUACUGUGGACCAUGUGGAGUUCGCUUCUCCUGAUCUCAUUAACUCAUUGCUCGAUUUCUGGCGUAAGUCCGGUGCUCAACGGUUGGGGUUCCUCUACGGCACCUACGAAGAGUACACUGAGGUUCCUCUGGGAGUCAAAGCUGUGGUUCAAGCGAUCUAUGAGCCACCUCAGGUGGAUGAAAUUGAUGGCGUCACUCUUCAUGAAUGGCACAAUGAGAAGGAGGUGGACGAUGUCGCACGCUUGUGUGGCCUUGAGAAAGUCGGCGUUAUAUUUACUGACUUGCUAGAUGCUGGACAAGGGGACGGCUCGGUUGUCUGCAAGCGACACAUUGAUUCACACUUCCUUUCGUCCCUAGAGAUUACAUUCGCAGCGCGGUUACAAGCCCAAUAUCCGAAAGCAACCAAGUGGAGCCGGUCUGGUCGAUUUGGUUCCAAUUUUGUCACUUGUGUUCUCAGUGGAGACGAGGAGGGUGCCAUCUCGGUAAGCGCCUACCAGGCGUCAGUUGCAGCAGUUGAGAUGGUCAGGGCAGAUAUUGUCGAACCGUCUGCGGAGCCCUCGGUCAUGCUCGUACAGUCCGAAGAGGAUGACUCUGGGAACAGGUCGCGGUAUAUACCCGAAGUUUUCUACCGAAAGAUUAACGAGUAUGGUAUUAGCGCCCAGCAAAACGCAAAACCAGCAUUCCCUGUUGAUCAUCGGCGAAAGCAGGAGCUUCGUCACGUCGCCAAAAAGCUCGUUUCCCACGGCGACCCUGACAAGGCGAUUCGCGCCGUAUCCGACUUCCAUCUUCUGUGUUUCCUCCACUCUCUAUCCACAUUCAGCAAGGAUGAGGAAGCACUCCUCGGCCGCGUUGCGACAACACAUGAUCCCGCAGACGGAGUCCAGUUGAUAAACACCCCCGGGUGGGCGACGUUGGUCACAAUUCUUCAGGAAAGUGGUGAGCGCCCCCCUAAGCGCCCCUGGCUGAGCUCGGCCGAUUCUCCACGCGCAGUGCCCCAAGCUGGAAAACGUUUAUUCCCCUCAAGGCCUGAAUCUCCAAAAUCAGAAAGUGAACAGCUUGCUAAGAGGUUCAAGGGAGCUAGUCUAGAGUGA